CGCUUUCCUAUUCGCCGCCGCCGGCGUUGCCCUUUUCCAAGAUGACGGGUUGGCGGUUCCUCAGGGCCGUCAGGUUGUGAGGGUUGAAAGGCGGCGGCGGCGGCGGCGGUUUCUCCUCAGUCCCGAGAAGAUGGCCGAGAGCGAGCGGCAGCCGGAAGUCUCUGAGGAGACACAGCCUCUUCCUCCAUCCCGAAAGUUCAUGAUCCCUAAGAAGGAAAUCAACAUGGUUCCUGACAUGGCCAAGUGGAAACGGUCGCAGGCGUACGCUGACUACAUGGGCUUCAUUCUCACCUUGAAUGAAGGAAUCAAGGGGAAGAAGUUGACCUGUGAAUAUAAAGUCUCGGAGCCCAUCGAAAAGCUGGUCACGCUCCUCAACACGCUGGAUCAGUGGAUCGACGAGACACCUCCCGUGGAUCAGCCAUCUCGCUUUGGGAACAAAGCUUUCCGGAUGUGGUAUGCGAAAGUGGACCAGGGGGCAGAGUCCUUGGUGGCAAAUGUCAUCCCCAAACAGCAAGCUGAAGCCGUGCCCGAGGUGGCUGUGUAUUUGAAGGAGUCCGUUGGCAACUCAACUCGCAUUGACUAUGGCACAGGCCACGAAGCGGCGUUUGCUGCCUUCCUUUGCUGCCUCUGUAAAAUCGGCGUCCUCCGGGUGGACGACCAGCUGGCCAUCGUCUUCAAAGUGUUCAACAGGUACUUGGAAGUCAUGCGGAAACUCCAGAAAACCUAUCGGAUGGAGCCAGCUGGCAGUCAGGGGGUCUGGGGUCUCGACGACUUUCAGUUCCUGCCCUUCAUUUGGGGAAGUUCCCAGUUGAUUGAUCACCCCAACCUGGAGCCGCGUCACUUUGUGGACGAGAAGGUGGUGAACGAGCAGCACAAGGACUACAUGUUCCUGGAAUGUAUCCGGUUCAUCACAGAGAUGAAGACAGGGCCCUUCCCUGAGCACUCCAACCAGCUGUGGAACAUCAGCGCUGUCCCUUCGUGGUCCAAAGUCAACCAGGGGCUCGUCCGGAUGUACAAAGCUGAGUGCCUGGAGAAGUUCCCCGUCAUUCAGCACUUCAAGUUCGGCAGCCUGCUCCCUAUCCAGCCCGUCGCGCCUUAAGGAGCUCUGUUGGUGAUGGGACCGAGGAGGGGGGAGCCCUGCCGAGCGGCGGGAGGGGUCCCCUUCCCACUCACCCCAGUACCCGCCGGCCUUGAUGCUCCUCCCUUUCGGCAGCUGCCUGGCGGGGCACAACUGUCCAAGAAGACCCUUGCAUUGACGCAAAAGGAAAAAGAAAAAAAAGGCAAGAGGUGGACUUGAGUCGGGCCACACAACUGUCCCCCCCUCCUCUGCACCCCCUUUUUUGUUUGCCCCAGGAUGGUUGGUGCUCUUAAGACUGGGAGGGGGGGGUGUAUAUUUUGCUGGGCAAAUACACAUGCUUUAAAUUUAGAGACAAGCUGGCCGUGCUUGCAUUCUUCCCGAGGGUCCCUUCCCAAUCCUUCUGUUUCUUUGCCUUGAUCCCCUUGGACGGGGGUCUCCAACCUGGGCAGCUUCAAGACCUGUGGACUUCAACUCCCAGAAUUCCCAGCCAGCUCUAUUAAAGUCCACAAGUCUUAAAGUUGUCAGGUCUGGAGACCCCUGUCCUCGGAGGACUGGGAUUUGGAGGAAGUUAAAGAGAGGCCCUGAGGACCCCAUUCUGCAAAAGGAGAUCGGCUUCCUUUUGGGGGCGCAGUGGGUUAGCCGGUAGGUUUUCUGUGACCCAAAGCAAAGGUGGAGGGAGCUGAACAGGCUUCUUUGCAGCAGUCAGGGACGGAAUAAAAAUUGAAGCACAGUGUUCCUUGACUGGCAUGGAAGUUUGCUUUGAAUCCGGAUGCAUCGCUAUUGGGUAGCAGCAGCCCACUCUGGCCCUUUCCAGAGCCGUGGGACCAGAGCCCCCAUCAUUCCUGCCCCAUCAGAAUAGUCAGGAGAUGGGAGUUGUAGUUGAAGUGUUUGGAGCCCCCACCCCCAAAGAGUGAUAACACUAGUUUCUCAGCCGUGGUGAGCCCUGGUUUCAUCUGGGAACUUGAGCUGGGUUGAAAUAUCCCCCUCAACAAUUUUGGGGUACAGGGAAAGGCCUGGGCAUCUGCAGCCUCAUGUCCCAGUCCUGAAACAUGGAAGAUAGGAAAUUGUGGGAAUGUCAGAGCCCCACGAAGCUGCUCAGUGGCUUUUCCCCCCGAAUUCAGUGCAAAAUCUCAGAUCUCUUACAUGCCCAACCUCCCCCCUUUUGGAGCAAAAUUGAGGGCAGCACCCUCCAAGGGGUGGGGUUGGAAGCCCACCUGAAAUCCCACAGUGCCCCCAGUUUCAAAAGAUUGUGUAUGUGCUACUCUGAGCAACUGGAGAUCCAACUUGGCUCCCCCAUCCUUCGCAACAGGUCUGUUCAAUCCUGUUUUCCAACCUUAGCAACUCUAAGAGGGGUGGACUUCAAUUCCCAGAAUUGCUGGCUGGGGGAUUCUGGGAAGCAGUCCACCCCUCUUAAAGUUGCUGAGGUUGAAAGACGCUGCUAUGGAAUUCAGAUGUGCAAGCUGCAAAUGUGAGGACCUUUACCAGACCUGUAGAUUUUGACUUCCUGUGCUUGGUCCUAGGAAAGGACCUUAAACUGAAGCCUGCUUGAAAUUUCUCCUGCCUUUACAGUCACGCCAAGCGCAGCACUAUAAUCCUGGCAACGCAGAAAUCCUUUCCUGCCAGGAUUCAUCUUCUCCUGUCUUCUGUCUGGAGUUUGGGAUGCUGCCCCAAACUGCCUCCUUUCCCCCUCCCACCCCCUCAACCCAGCAAUGGUACUUUUUCAGACAUUUGCUGAAUAUUUAUCUUGGCUAUCUCUUUCUUAGCCCUAGAACUCCUCUUCAAAUGCAAUUCUUCCUGUUAAAUCCUCUUUAUUUUUUUUCUCUCUUCCUCUGUCCCAUUCCUGCAUACUCCAGUAACAUCUUGUGUUUCUGUCUCCAGAUCCAGAUAGAACCAAUCUUCCAUUAUAAAGUUUUUUCUUACUGAGGCAUAAAUCCUUCCCCUUGCAAGUAUUGCCAUUGCCCAAGCUCUGGCAAGCCACAAUUCCCCAGCCAGCAUGUGGCAUCUCCACUUGGGGACACCAUGUUUGAAGGGUUCAGACGGACAGCAAGUUCAAAGAACAGCAGUAAAAACAAUUAUCCUCUUGCUAGCCUGCAUCAAGAAAAAAAUAGGUUUGGAAUCCCAGGUUCUGCUCGGUGCCUGGUGAAAUUGACCAGACAGGAAGAUGAAAUUGACUUAAUUCUUGAAAUUGACUUAAGGAAGGAGCCGUGGUUCUAGAUCUUGAGCAGUCUGCUGUUCCUUGAAUUUUGCUUCUUCCAGGAAAUGGUUGGGUAGAGGGCAAAAAAAAAAGCAUUUUGUAUUGAUUUGCAGAAAUGUUAGCUGCAUCUAAAUAGGGGAAUAAUGGUUAGAAGUGAAGCUUCUUUGUGGGCAGAAAUUGGACACAACAGGAAACAACUAAAGUGGAAAUAUCUAUGCUGGUUGGAGAAUUCUAGUCCACGUCUCUUAAAACCACCAAGUUUUUUUUUAAGAUCUCCCAGUUGAAGUGGAUGGGGAACACAUUUCUUUACCUGCCCCUCCCUCCCCUCCAAGUGAUUUGGAAGAAGGGGGGGGUCUCCAUUCCUGGUAUAAGCUUGCCUCCACUUCUAAUUCAACCGGUUCGGUAGGUUUAUUUAUUUAUUUAUUUAUUUAUUCUGGCUCCUUGAAAAAACUUG